AUGCGUCUCGGCGCUAACAUCCACUUCUUCGGAGUCUUCCUCCUCUUCGUGGCCAGUAUACUCCUGCUCUUCGUCACGAUCUCAGCACCAAUAAUCAACGAUCUCGGCCUCCUGCGCAUCACGCUCGGCAAUAGCACCAAGAGUCAUGACUAUGACAUGCUUUUCGGCACGUUCGGCUACUGCUGCACGAACUGCGCGCCGAACAGCAAAGGCGAUGUUUGCACUGGCCGACACAUAGGUUAUGAGCCGGCUCAAUUGAUGGCGAGGAUCGAUGGGACAGACUACGAUGAGAUUUCGUCUGGGACGAGCGAUUCGUUUACGAGGAUUAUGGUCCUUCAUCCCAUCGCGUGCGGCACAGCUUUCAUAGCCUUCCUAAUAUCGAUAGGCGGAGGUGUGAUUGCAUCCUUGAUGGGGGCUCUGGCAGCUUUUGUGGCUUGGGUUUUGGUGGUUAUUGUCAUGGCCACCGACUUUACCCUCUUCGGCAUCAUACGACAUCACGUCAACGACGAUGAUUCCAACUCCAAGGCGCGCUUCGGUGAUGCGAUCUGGCUGCUGGUGGCUAGCUUCAUCUUGCUCUUUGCAGGCAUGUGUAUCGUUCUGUUCACAUGUUGUGUCAGUAGGAGAGAGAAGAAGCGCAGCAGUCGUGCCACUGAGAAGCAAGCUGCACCAGCACCGGCCACUGGUCGAAAGGGGAGAUUCAUGGGAUUCCUUAAGCAUUAG